AUGAAUUCACGUGGCCCCAGUUCUGCGUUCGAAAGCAAGACCUUCGGCGAGGAUCUCUCCUUCCACAUCAAACAGCCUGUAGGUUCGAUGUCAAUCUCCCCAUGCGGUCGAGAUGUGGUCCUAGCAUCAAAGGAAGGAUUACAUGUUAUAGACCUCGACUCUCCUUACUCUCCCCCUCGGUACCUACCGCAUCGUACAUCAUGGGAAGUAGCCGAUGUUCAAUGGUCGCCAUUCGCAGCUCGUGAUUUUUGGGUAAUCAGCACUUCUAAUCAAAAAGCACUUGUUUGGAAUCUUGGCAUCAAGGCCCGGCAGGACGCGGUGGAGUUCGUCUUACACGGCCACACGCGCGCCAUUACAGACAUCAACUUUUCAGCACAGCAUCCUGAUGUUCUUGCCACAUGUGCGGUAGAUAGCUUCGUACAUUGUUGGGACUUGAGAGUGCCUGCUCGUCCUGUAAUCUCCUUUUCGGACUGGUUCGCUGGGGCUACGCAGGUAAAAUGGAGCAGGCAGGUUUCUCAUGUCAUUGCGAGCUCACACGACAAGUAUCUCCGUAUCUGGGAUGAGCGCAUGGGAGCAUAUCCUGUCAGAUCAAUCGAAGCCCACGAUACCAAAAUUUAUGGAAUCGACUGGAACAGACAUGAGCAAAAUCGCAUCGUGACAUGCUCGCUCGACAAGUCUAUCAAAUUCUGGGAUAUCAAUGUUCUGGAGAAUGUCCCAGAGCGGAUCAUAAAUACCCCCUUUCCUGCCUGGAGAGCAAGGCACACUCCUUUCGGAUGCGGUCUAUUGGCAAUGCCUCAACGGGGCAACGGGGACAUCCAUUUGUACGACCGCCGUCGAGUAAAGGAGCAGCACUUGAGUGGCACAGUACCACCGGUGGCACGGUUCGAAGGUCAUAAAGGUCAGGUCAAGGAGUUCCUAUGGAGGCCAAGAGGCACCAUCAUAGAAGGCGUUGAUCACCGUGAGUUUCAACUGGUGACCUGGGGUACCGAUCAAGAGCUACGACUACAUCGUGUGGUCCCUGAGACGAUGGCGGCUAUAGGCUAUCAGAAAGGAGUUACCCAAAAUUCGAGACUGAACUUCACACGGAGGGGUGCCAAGUAUAGGACCUUCCGGGAUGAACCAUCAGAUGAGCUUUUCGACGAAGUCUUCGAUUCACAAGUUGGGUCUUCUCCUGCAACUGGCCAGUCUUUUCAUCCUCGACCUCGAGGAAGCACAAGUGUUGGCAUGAGUAAGGUAGCAAUACCCCUUUCUCAAGGCUGGCUGCAUGGCAGUCAUCUGGCUGCUAGGGUCGGUAUGCACGGGAGAACGAGUGGUCGCCAAAUCUUAAACCCUAUCGACUGGAUGAAGAAUGUGAAGAUCAGAUCUUGGAAUCCCGAAACCUUAGGCGAAGAGAUCACUCAGGUAGGGGAGAAAUUUGCUAAAGUGGUAUUUGAGUCAGUGGAGAUGGCCCAAAGGAAAGCUGUUAUCUCAUUGCAUGCUCCUUGGGGACCAUCUAGUGCACCAAUGUUCAUGAAGUUUGAUAUCAAAUUUCCACAUGCUUAUCCACACGAAGCUGCAGCUAUCUUCAAUGUCCAGAAAACAUCUGGCAUGACUGAUGACUUGGCCGCACGGCUAUCCACCGAACUGCGCACAAUCGCAGAGACGUAUGUUGCAAGGAAGAGGGGUUGCCUUGAGGCAGUGCUUCGCUAUCUGCUUCGAGAGCAGGACAUGGAAUCCAUUGUCUCAUGGAUCCUAGAUGAGUCCGUCGAGAAUUCCAAGAUUUUUGAAGAUGUUGUACUCGAGCAGGAGGUCUCUAGUGACGAAGACGAUUUAGGGGGACCCACUUUCCAAGGCGCAUCUGGACCAAUAAACGAGUCAUCAGAGCUCCUGAACGCCAAUGUACUGGUGCCUGUGGCGAAAUAUUGUGGAGCACUCUGGGCUGACAACGGCAAACUGGUAUGCUUUUUUCCCUCACAGCCAAAACAGCCAACUUCCUUCCUAGAAGCGCUGGCAAGCCGACACAACGACGGUGAUGAAAGCGGCAAGAUUUUUGAAGGCUUUGGAAGGCUGCAAAAAGACCCACCUGGAGCAAGGACGGUGCCCAGAACAGUGAUUUCUGGUGAGGAUCGAAUCUCUGAACAUUCCGAUGACUCUUCGUUCUUCUCUUCCUCUUCUUCCGGGUCGUCCGACAGCCCGGGCUCUUUACCAAACCAUUCCUUCAUCCGUGAUGCUUGGCAAGCUGGAGGCAAAUCCCUUCAGCGAUCGAGGUCCACAGACCAUUCUAAUCAAUCUGCCCUUGGUUCAUCACAAGUCCAGCUUGGUGCUGAGUCGCCGAGUAAUGUUGUCUCACUACAUGACCUGAGCGAGCUCCUUCCGUCCAGAAGGAAGCUGGCUACGGAGUACAUUGUCUUUGGUAAAGGCCCAGAUGUGUGUGGCUACAAUGCCGACGUGGCCACGCGGCACGGCCUCCACGAUAUUGCUCAUGUAUGGCAUUUGAUGAGGCUGAUCUUAUGGAAUGAAGUGCCGCUAGCAAGCAGUUCGAGUAUUGAUGGGUCGUCAGAUAUUCUUGCUAUAGCGCGUUCCGUCGCAAGUAUUCCAAAAGGAGACGACAGCGGCGUGGAUCUGAGCUACGAUACAGCGAUGGAAAGAUCACCAAUCACCGCGUCAGCUCGGGUUCGCUGGGGUGAAAGUGCGCUUGGAGGAAGGUUCUUGGUGCCUGCAUUGGUGCGCUAUUUCGAAGGACUGGGAGAUAUACAAAUGCUUGCCAUGCUGUCUUGUAUUUUUGCUGAACCACGAGUCUCAAGUUCGUUAGCGGCUCUAUCGCAGCAGCGUCACCAACAUUCGCUCAUGCAACAAAAGGCUCCUGCAUUCUCGGUUGACUAUCAUCCUUCUAUUGAAGUGGCAAAAUCAACCAGAGACAGAGCUUCCAUCACCUUGGUUACGUCGGCGAACACAUCUACCAAACCUCAAGAUGUGCAUCUUGCAACCCUGAUUGACAAAGCUAGCCCUAGCAAUCCUCUAACUCCCUAUUCUACAGGCACGACCCCACCUCAGUUUGCACAACAUCUUCCUCCUCAGCUGAUUGACGGACGUCGCUCUUCACGCUUCCCAAGUACGGAUGUCCGAGAUCAAAUUGCUCGCCACUCCUCUUCGACAGCCCAAUCAGCGACUGCUUCACUUUCUACCUCGCCUGAGGAGAUGCGCUCUACACAUCGCGCCAACUCCAACCAUCCCUUUCCGCUCUCUCGAGCUAGUCUAUCCGCAUUUGCACCCUCGUUUUCGCAGUCGCCUCCUAAAACUAGCGGCGGAAGCGGUGGAAUCAAGAGACCGAGCCCGGUUGGCAGUCUAAUGGGACAACACGUGCAUGCAGGUGGACGGAGCGCUUCUAUAUUUGGGGGAACAGGCUCCGCAAGAAACAAGCCGGACCUAGCGGCCACGACAGCGCGUCCUAGACGGAGUUCAGCCCGCCUUAUGCAUUCGUCGUCAUCGACCGGACAAUCGCGAUCCAUGUCUUCGGACGGGGAUGCAAUAGAGCAUGUUGGUGCUGACAGUAGCCUGCUUACCACUCUCAAAUCCGGUAGCAACAUUGGGAAGCCUCUCAAAUUGACAACCCGCAAGGGUACAAAACGGAAGCUGAAGAUCAAGUCGGCGCUGCACAACCAGAACAUGUUCGACAAUGAUGGUUAUGCAAGCGUACCACUGCUUGAUCCGAGCUUUGAAUGGAAAUACAGGGCUUAUAGAUCCAGCUAUGCUAGGCUUCUUGGUGUCUGGGAGCUGCACACUCAGCGAGCGGAAAUAUUGAAAUUUGAUAACCUGCUAGGCUCCUUCACCCCCAAAUUCAGAGGCGCUACGGCCGAUCGCUCCGUCGAUGAGAAUGAACUGACUCUAAGCAGUCUUCUCCCACGGAAGACGCUCGACGUGACCAGGAAUGAUUCCAAGCAGAAACGAGGCCUAGAGAUUGGAAGGCCAUGCAACCGAUGUGGCGGCAUACUAGAAGCAAUCGAAAAGAACGGAAUCCCCAUUGGGUGGCACUGUCCCUCGUGUAAUCUUGCGGGAAAUAGGAGUUCGACCAGAACAAUGUGUGCAAUCUGCACAAAGUCGAUAGUUGGGCUAAUGGUCCCCUGCUUGAGCUGCGGUCAUGUCACCUGCUUCGAAUGUCACCGCAAAUGGCUCGCCAGAGACAGUAUUAAUAUCAACACGACCGACGAAGUCAAUCCUGACCUCCCAGAAGCCGGCGUCGAAAAUUCUUGCCCAACAGGCUGCGGCUGCAUCUGCUCAUCUCACCAAUCCGUCAGCGCACCAUAUCCCCAAACCUCCGAAGACGAAGAAGAAGAAGAACAAGCACAUUCUACCGACGCAGCUUCUCAGUCCCCAGUCAGGACCCUGACUGCCUCACAAACCGCAGACUUGAUGUCCACCCACGGCCCCGACACCGCAAUCGGCGCCUUCCUCUCCCUCUCGUCUCGUGCCCAUUCAGUAUCCUCUUCAAAAGCCACCACCACCUCUUCCUCCUCCAGGGGCAAAACAAAACAUCAUCAUCUCACCAUCCAGCCACCCCAAGGCAAAGAGGGAGGAGGGAGUCUCCUCCCAGAGACGUACUCGGAUGCGUGGGCCAAGUACGAAGAUAUGGGCAGGGGGCAGGGGGCCGGGUUGAACAGGACGGCUACACUGAGGGAGAGGGGCAGUGAUGCGACGAUCAGGAAGGGGAGUGAGGCAGAGGCUAGGCUGAGGAGGGCGGGGAGUUUUGUAUGA